ACUGUCGUGUCGUGAUGACGUCAAGGCAAUGGCCGCUCUCACUGUGUAAUGCAGAGUUUUUGAUUCUCUCCGGUAAAAAGAAAAUAGCAUUGAUCUGAUUACUUAUUGUUGUUUAUCAAACUUAGACGGGGAGCGACUGGGUAGUUUUUAAGAUCACAGCCCUGUUUCCAAAGACGAUCAGUCUGGAAAGAAUAAUCUGUAAUGGACACCCCUGAGAGCCCUGCCCAGUCCCCGCAAUCCCCACUGGAGGAGGAGAGAGGCUACUCCGACAGCGAACUCCUGAACGACGACGAGCAGGACGGAGAGGAGGAGGAAGAGGGUGGGGGCGGGGCCUCGGAGUUGGACGAUGAAGAGCUGGAGGAAGGAGUCGAGCAGGACGGGGAGCAGGAACAGCAGCAGAUGCUACUGCGUGACUUGGGCCAUGAGCGUGUUUCUGACCAGGAGGAGGAGGAAGAGGAGGGGCAGCAUGGAGAGUGGGCGCAUCUGAACAGGGAAGAGGAGCUGAGGAGGGGAAGUGCAGUGCACCAGUUCCUGGAGGAAGAGGACGAAGAGGAAGAGGAGGAGGAAGAAGACAGGGUCAGCCCAUGCCCCAAGUCUCCUGACUCUGAUCCGGAGCAGGAGAGGCCUCCCGAAGAGGAUGACGAAGACAACGGGGCAAAGGCAGCAGCACUGACUCUCGCGACGGAGCGUGUGACCGCUGAUGAAGAGGAGGAGGAUGAAGAAGAGGUGGUCCAGAGGAGGGUGGUGAGUGACCCCAAGGACGAGUCGCCCUCUGUGUCGCGAGAGCUGGACGAGCACGAGCUGGACUACGACGAGGAGGUGCCCGAGGAGGCAGCUGGCCCCGCCCAGGAGGACGAGGAGGCAGGGAGAGGUGGGGCCGGAGAUGAGGGGGAGGAGGAUGAGGAGGAAGAGGAGGUAAAGGUGAAGAAGGCUGAGGUCCUGCCCCCUCAGGAGGAGCUGCAGUCCAAGAAGCCUGAGGAGCCUCGCCCCCAGGAGAGGGGAAGACGGGAGUCUUUUCGUGACAAGAAGAAAGACGAGGACGACGGUGAGAUCGACGAGGGAGAGAUUGACGACGAUGACCUGGAGGAGGGGGAGGUGAAGGACCCCAUGGACAGGAAGCUCCGCCCCCGCCCCAUCUGCAGGUUCUUCAUGAAGGGUAACUGCACUUGGGGAAUGAACUGCAGGUUUAUCCAUCCUGGGGUGAAUGACAAGGGGAACUACUCUCUCAUCAGCAAGCCUGACCCUUUUUCUCCCAACGGGGGGGCCCCAGGAGGCCCACACCCCCUCAUGCCCUCCAACCCCUGGGGAGGCCCUGCGGUUGAGGAGUUGCCCCCGCCGCCCCCACCUUUGGAGCCCCCAGUGGAGAGUGCUUGGGAGAGAGGGCUUCGCCACGCCAAAGAAGUUUUGAAGAAAGCCACCAUACGCAAGGAGCAGGAGCCCGACUUGGAGGAGAAACGGUUCAAUGUGACCAUCGGCGAGGACGAGCGGGAGUUCGACAAAGAGAACGAGUUCUUCAGGGAACGCAAUUAUCGCAUCACCAGGGAGAUCCGCGAGCCGGGCAAUGAACCCUACCCGGAGUACUAUGACUAUGAAAUGGAGGCUUUCUGGAGAGGAGGUCAAUAUGAGAACUUCAGAGUACAGUACACAGAAACUCCCAUACCCUACCAUUAUAACGAGCGGGACAGGGAGCGAGACAGACAGCGGGAGCGGGAUCGCGAGAGAGAGAGGGAGCAGCGGGAGAGGGAGCGGCGUCAGCGCGAGCGGGAGCGGGAGAGAGAGAGGGAGCGGGAGAGGGAGAGGCAGCGCAGGAAGGAGGAGUGGGAGCGGGACCGCAUCAAGAGAGAGGAGAAGGAGAGGCCGAGAGAGCGCCCCCUGCGGGAGCCACGAGAGAAGAAGGAAGACAAAGACAAACCCAAACCCAGAUCCCCAGCUGCCCCGCCUCCCAGGCCUUUGGACCCCCCUCCCCAGAAGGAGCUUGGACCACUGUCUAAGCGUCCGGAUGAGUGGAGGGACCCCUGGCGCCGGUCCAAGUCCCCCAGAAGGCGACCUGGAAUGACGGGGUCCCCCCCACGCGGACGUAGGAGACACCGCCCCUCGGGCUCAUCUGUUUCCCUCUCCAACUCCUCCAGGUCGUCGUCGCGCUCCUCCUCCUACACGGGCACGGGCUCGUCCCGCUCGCGGUCCCGCUCCUCCUCCUUCAGCUCCUACUCCAGCCACUCCUCCCAUCACAGCUCCCUCAGCGGGAGCCGCUCCAGGUCCAGAUCUUUCUCCUCGUCCCGCUCCCCCUCCCCUACCCCACCUGCUCAGAGGAACUCUUCCAAGACUAAAAUGGAGCCACCAGUGGCUCCACCCAAAGGCCCGCCACCGAAACCUGCUCCUCUACCCCCCCGGCGGGAGAAGGCCCCGCCCAAGACCCCAGCCAGCCCUCCGCCCCCGGGCCCACCGGGAAAGCCCCUAAAACCAGCCCCCGAGGGUGUCAAGCCAGUCAACCCGCGGGACGCGGGCAAAUUCGUCAACCCCAGGGAGGGGCGCAGAAAGGAGCGUCAGCGUCACAACCCCCCCAGGAGGCGAACGGUCAGCGGCAGCAUGAGCGGCAGCGCCAGCAGCUACAGCGGCUCCAGCUCCCGCUCCCCCUCCGGCUCCCGAACGCGCUCCUCCUCCGCCUCCAUCUCCCGCUCCGGCUCCAGGAAGUCCAGAAAAUCCAGGUCCCUGAGCGUGAGCAGUGUCUCCUCGGUGUCCUCGGCCUCCUCCAGCACCAGCUCCAGGCGGAGCGCCGACUCGGACGACAUGUACGCCGACCUGGCCAGUCCCGUGUCCUCCGCCAGCUCGCGCUCGCCCACGCCUGGCCACGCCCGCAAGGACAAGGCCCCGCCUCGCGAGAGGGGGCCCAACAAGGACAAAGGAAAGCCAACAAAAAAGGAUGAGCCAUUCAAAGAUGACCGCAGAAAGCCGGACCCAUCUGCCCCGCCCCCCAAAAUCUCCACCUCAUCUUCACAGAGAAUGGGGCCAGGCAGUAAGGGCCACCCCCUGCACACACCCCCCAUGGGACCCCCUGGAGGCUAUGGCUCUCACAAGGACAUCAAGCUCACUCUGCUCCACAAGCAGCAGACAGACCGUGGAAACAGGAAGAGAUACCUGCCGUCUGACAAGGACCGGCCCAUGUCUCCACCCACCAAGAGGACAGCUAUGUCACCUGAGAGAGGUCGGGACAGGAGGAUGCUAAGACCGCCCCUCUCUCCCAGACUGGACCGCCCCCGAGGCCCUGGGCCACGCCCCAUGCUCCCACAACCAGAGAGGAAACGGCCGCUUUCUCCGCCCCCCAAAUCCUCUGGGAAGGGACCUGGAGCGUCAUCUGGCAAGCCAGCGGGGGCGGGGCCAGGAUCGGGCUCCAGCGGGCCGACCCCGCCCAAAUCGGGCAAGCCGAGCAGCACGCUGUCGCGGCGUGAGGAGCUCCUGAAACAGCUGAAGGCCGUGGAGGACGCCAUCGCCCGCAAAAGGGCCAAGAUCCCCGGGAAAUAGGGGACGACACGGGGGGGGAAUGGGGGG